CAAAGGCCCCAUACUUCUUUGACACUUCGUUUUGUUCCCCGUUUUUUCUGGCCUAUGGGUUAAAGGUUUUCGCUCAAACAUAUCAUAACUCAAAGCUUCUACAUCCAACUGGCAAGAAUGCGUGCGUCAUUCUCGUUGUUGCUCCCCAUCCUGGGGUGGCUAUCGACAGGAGCCCACGCAAUCGUUCGCUUUCAUUGCAGUGCGCUUACAGUACAGCGCUUGGAUCCUCUCGUCAACCCUGGGAUGAUACCUUCAACACACGUCCAUCAAAUAGUGGGCGGCGAUGCCUUUAACGCCAGCAUGGAUCCCUCGCUCGACCUUCCCGAACUAUCCACCUGCACAUCUUGUCAGUUUGCCGAGGACUUUUCGAACUACUGGACAGCCGUGCUCUACUUCAAGGCCAAAAAUGGAACAUACAAGAGGGUGCCACAACUAGGGAACAACCAGUUUGAAAAGGCCAAGGGAGGGUUGACCAUCUACUACAUGCAGGAUGCCAUCUAUGACAGGAAUCAGAAGAGCAAUGUUCAGGCCUUCCAACCAGGCUUUCGCAUGUUCGUCGGUGACCUCAAUGCCCGGACAAUCGAGGAAGCUGCCCGCUUCCGUCAACUCACAUACGUCUGCAUGGAUACUUGGACCUCGCGCGCCCCAGAAACGAUGGCCUUCCCGACAAGAAAAUGCCCAGAAGGCAUCAUGACCUCCGUCCGAUUUCCUACUUGCUGGGAUGGCAAGAAUCUGGACUCCCCCGAUCACAUGGCGCACAUGUCUUACCCUGAGUAUGGAACUUUCGAGAGCGGUGGUCCCUGCCCAGCGAGCCACCCUGUGAGAAUGCCGCAGGUUUUCUACGAGGUGGUUUGGGAUACCAAGAUUUUCAACAAUGAGGAGUGGCCUGAGGAUGGGAGCAGCCCGUUUGUGUGGAGUUUUGGGGACGCGACGGGUUUCGGGACGCAUGGGGAUUAUUUGUUUGGGUGGAAGGGGGAUGCGUUGCAGAGGAUUUUGGAUGCGCCGUGUUGGUUCAACACGAACUGUGCGAAGGAGAGUAACAGCCCGUUGCAGACGAUUGAGCAAAUGAAUGCGUGUACACAGCCUAGUAUGGUGGAUGAGGAUAUCGAUGGGUGGCUUGACGAACUACCUGGUGGUUGGAAAGCGGACUAUGGACAUGGACAUGGUUCAACAGAAUGAGGUGACGGUGUACUGAACCCGGUAUAUGAUAGACUCGUACGACUAGAUUAAGAAUGUGACGAUUUUGAUGGUUGAUUCAGAUCAAGCGUACAGCCAUCUUUUGAAACAGCCUUGGCUAAUCACAAGUUCACAGCCUGUAAAGGAAACAGACAUUCUCGACACCCCAGAAUCCCACAGCUCUAAACAUUCCUCC